GUCAAACUCAAAGUCUCGCGAGAUUUCACAGGACGCCGAGGUCAUUUCCUCAAAAUGUAAACAAAAGUGAUAUGCAGGCGAUGUGAAUAGAUAAAUAUCUCAAAGCAUGUGAACAGGCAUUUGGCCGUGUGUGCGGUGAUGGGUUCCGAUCUGUGCCUGAUGAAAUGGAGAUUAAAGGGAACGACGAGGUGGAGAAAAUAAAGUCUAAGUUCAUGUCAGCAUGGAACAAUGUCAAAUACAGUUGGAUGCUGAAAACAAAGACUUCCUUUAGUCGCAAUUCUGCAGUCUUCCUGCUGGGGAAAUGUUAUCACUUCAAGGAAGAUGAUGACGACAGUCCUACAGAAAGCUGCAGCACAGACUUAUUUGACAAUAAUGCUGUCAUGGGCAAUGUGGACGGAUUUCGGAGGGAUUUUGCUUCCCGGAUCUGGCUCACUUAUCGGGAUGAUUUCGCCACGCUGCCGGAAUCAACCAUCACCACAGACUGUGGUUGGGGCUGCACUCUCAGAGCCGGGCAGAUGAUGCUGUCCCAGGCACUUUCACUGCAUUUUUUGGGUAGAGACUGGACCUGGCCUGAUGCACUGACCUUGGAGCCUCUGGACACUGAGACAUGGACGAGCAGCGCAGCACGAAAGCUGGUCGCCUCAUUAGAAGCUUCAUUCCAGGGAGACAGGCCGAGAGUCCCAGAGCCUGUAUGCCAACCCCAGUGUGGGGCAGAAGAGGCCGACGCCCACCUGAAAGAGGUGUACCACCGCACUAUUGUGUCCUGGUUUGGAGACACUCUCUCUGCCCAGCUCGGGGUCCACAGGCUGGUCCAUCUGGGUAUGACCUCAGGGAAAAGAGCAGGAGAUUGGUAUGGCCCUGGAAUAGUGGCACACAUUCUCAGGAAAGCUGUGGAAGAGGCUACAGAUCCAAAACUGCGAGGCGUGACUGUUUAUGUGGCACAAGACUGCACAGUGUACAGCGCUGAUGUUAUUGAGAGUCACUCAGCGCGGGUGGACACACACAGGGCCCCUGAAGGAGCGGUCACUGACAACAGAGCCGUCAUCAUUCUCAUCCCUGUCAGACUGGGGGGAGAGAAGAUUAACCCUGAAUACUUCAACUUUGUCAAGGCCAUCCUGAGCUUGGAAUAUUGUAUCGGGAUCAUUGGAGGGAAACCCAAACAGGCCUACUACUUCGUUGGAUUUCAAGAUGACAGCAUGAUUUACAUGGACCCUCAUUACUGUCAGUCUUUUGUGGAUGUCAGCACAAGCAAUUUUCCUCUGCAGUCAUAUCAUUGUCCAUCACCAAAGAAGAUGCCUUUCAUUAAAAUGGACCCAAGCUGCACUAUUGGGUUCUACUCCAAAAGUGUUCAAGAUUAUGAAAAAAUUAGCACUGAGUUGUCAAAGGUGCUGCAGCCGUCAUCGAAAGAGAAGUACCCGGCAUUUACCUUUAUGAGAGGACACGGGAAAGAUUACGAACUGUCUAUUCCUGUGGAGAAAAGAGAGUGGCCCUUCAUCAAAGACACACGCAAUCCCGGGGCCACCGCAGGGGACUUUGUGCUGCUGUAAAUGAGGGCUUGGAUUUCCUGAGUGUUGUUAUAUGUGUGAUCUUUCUGCAUUAUGCUGGUUUUAAUGGUUCCAUCAUACCAAGCGUGUACAGAGAAGCAGUCCUGCUUCCGGGGUUUGUCUAUUUGAAGAGCAGAAAGCAAAACCAUCCAUCAACAACUCUCUAUAUCCAGCACCUCAACUUAACACUGUAAACAAACUCAAUAUAUCUCUCACACAUUUCUGGUCAGAGGAUUUUUUUAGGGUGUUAUGUAUAUAUGUUGCCAUUCAUCCAGCACUCACUGUAAUACAUUGAAUUUCUUAUUCAAAAAUGGUACAGUCUAUGGUAUGUUACUUCAUACUUUGUCUCAUAGUUAUUAAACAAUUAACUCGAUACUUUUUAUCUAGAAGAGAAGACCCACACUCCAGGUUAAGCUGAGAGAUGCAACACUGUGCUAAAACUGGACAGAAAACUGAGCUUAUAAACUCUACAUGGCCUUCAAAAACAUGCUAGUGCCUCCUGGAAGCAUGAAGUUUAGAAGGCUAAUUCAAAAGCCUGCAGCCUCUGAGUGCUUCUGAAAUGUCUUGUACACACUGAGAUAUUGAAAAUGUAGCAUUCUUACUCACACACACACACACAAGGUGUUUCUGGCUUUUUUUUUUCCUGAUUUAAAUGGUCUCAGCAUUUAUGACUGGAUAACAGUGCUGCUAAAAAUCGUGAUGGUGUUCAGAAGUAAGCCUACUCCUGAUCCGUACCAUUGAAGAAAGACUAAAUAAUAUUGAGAAAGUGAUUUUUUUGUUGUUGUUGCUUAAAGCCAUUUGAAUUAAUCUGCAGUAUAAAGUUGUCAUGUCCAUUUCAAAAAGGUGUUCUGCAUAAGAAGUAAAAUUGUUAAGUUGUCUAUCUUGUUGUUGUAUUUUGGUAAAGGAGAAUGGUGUAAGCCAAAGUGUUUCAUACUACACAAAGCUGUAACUCUUUUUUUGUUGUUCAUGUAACCAGGUUGUGUAAAGAGAUUUGUUGAAUGAAGGCUGAAGAACAUGAAACACAUGCUUGUUUUCCCAAAAUCAAUUUGCACAAUGGUCAUUAAUAGUAAUUUACAGUAAUUUACAAUAAAGCUGAAAAGACUGACUAUA